CUGUAAUGGAAAGGUUAAAAGAAACCUUGUUGAAAUGAGAUGAGAAAGGAUUGACUUUAUGUUUAGACAGUGCCCGGGGCUGCAGUGGGAUGGGUUUUGGGGGAUGGAGUGCAGAAAGAGUGGCUGAAACUGCGUCUCCUCUUCCUCCUGUUGGCAGAACAGUGUGAGGCUAUUGGCUUGGUGUUGGCAUUUGACCUUGCUUUUCCUUGUCUGGUUGGGAGAACCCCCCCAAGUUUGGAACGUCUGUACAUGGAAUAUGAAGAGGAUGAUGAUAUUUCCUUUGCAAAAUGGAUGAGCAGCUUCUGGGGCCACAACUUGAUCGAUGAGAAUGAGAAAGAAGGUAGAGGCCACAAGAAACGUCAGACACGACCCUUUAGUGAAAGGAGAGCCUCCCUUCCGGCCAGGCUUUCCUCCCUCCAUACAGCUCGACUUCAUGCUUCUACCAAAGGCUCAUCUUCAGGCCUUCUUAAGGGCUCCAAGGAAUUUCAAGAAGACCAAGAUGUCAAAUGCCACUGCCACAGGAAGGCAAGCAGAACACCUUCAGCAGACAGCUCAUGCCCAGAGACAAGAUCAAACUCCAUCCAGGAAUUUGCAGAGUCCUUUGAAAAGCAAUUGCAUCUCAAAAGCAAACGCUCAGUUUCUUUGCAACCUGAAGGUAUGAAGGAGAGAAGAGAAAGAGAAAGAUUGCAUUUGAGAAAAAGCAAGUCUCACAAGAGAAUGGGAGAGAAAUCAGAGCCAAGGAGAGAGCAGGAAGAAGAUGAAGGUUCAGAAGUUGUACCUGCAAAACACAACGAACAGUUUCCAUCACAAGCAAGCAUUGAGAAAGGAUAUUUAUGCACAGGCAGCUAGAAUGUGUUGAGAUAAUGAAUUUUAACACUCCCCCUGAAGAGCAGAGGGAGCAUUCUUGUUUUGUCUUGACUAGAAGAGGCCUGUUAGCUAGAAUAAACCCUAACCUGUAAAAUAAAAGUAAAAUUCAACCGCAUCAUUGACACCGUGUUACUACCUUCCUGUCUUUACUUUUGCCAUUAGGAAUGUGACCUUUGUCAUAGGAGGAGUGUAUCUGUAGCAAGAUCCAAGUUAGCAAUUAACCACUGUAAGAGCAUUUCGGGCAAAUUUAGCAUUGUGGCAGGACAGUGGUGGAUGUGUUCAUUUAAGAGGAGAGCAUGUCUGCAUUACAGAGCCAUGCAAAGUCAUCCAAAGCCUUAUGUUGCUCUUUUAAUUGAAAACAGGCUUAUUGGUAGGUUUGGGAAGGAAAAAGUACACAUAAACAGCCACCUGCUUCCUGGCCCUGACAUCCACUUAGAUUUGUCUUGGAAACAGGUAUCUUUUUGCUUUGACAAUCUUCCAACUCCAAAUUUAUAGAAGUAAUAGAAGGGAAGUCCACAUCUUCUCUUCUAUACCCCCCUAUCACUGUGCGAUAUGACUCUUGUUUCUCUGGCAUCCCCCAGCCCUCUCCCACAUCCUCUGUCCCACUUCCCCAGUCGCACAACUAGUUCUUUCUCCCAACUUUAACCUCAUCAUCUUGCUUCUUUUGUGGCCUUCCCCCUCUCCAUUUACUACUUUAUAGCCCUGCCUCAUAGCUACCAACCUCUUUUGCUACAUCUCUAGUUUUGCCUCAUCAAAAUUUGAGCCUUGCUGAAAGGUAUCAGGUAAAAACAGAGAUGUUCUGCCUCUCAUACUUCUAUAUAACCUCUUCAAGGGGUUGCCACACAUUCAGGGUGAGACAUUGCAACCCUUUUCCCUUUUUCCCUUUUCUAGAGCUAGGGCCAAACCAAGGGAACGGGAACUGGCUCUGUCUAUGGUGAGCAGGACUUAGGAAAAAUCUCUUCCCUCUGGCUGAAGAUCUCUUGAACUCAGAUAUAAAUCUCACCAACUAUAAGUAAGAUUUCCUUCUACGCAAAGGAAAUUCACCUCCACAUGUUCAUAAACACAUACACACUCCCACACUCCCCCCAUGCCCCACUUCUUCAACAUGCAAGUCUUCCCUGCAGAGAAGAGCCCUGCCCUCUUUGGAAAUGAUUUCCCCAGGCCUAGUGUAGAGAAAGCCUGCUUUGGAUAAUAUGGUUAGAGAAGAGUGAAGACUAAUGAAGUCAUGCGCAAAAGUCAAAGUCUGCUGUGUAUUCUUCCUGUGAUUUUCUGUAAUUACAAAGAUAUUGUUAUUUUACUUUAGAGCCUUAAUUUUGAAUGUUCAACCUUUUAAAAGCGUAGGGCAUCCUUAAAACUUUGUAACACUUACCUCCAUUAAAGGAUUGUUUUUCUUUUUAAGUAGGGCUUUGGGGGAUAUAUAAGAAAGCAAUCAAACCCUUGCUGAUGCUUGUAAAUUGCUUCUUGCCUGGUAACAUAUAUUAUAAACUAAUAAAUCUGACUGAAAAAUGU